AUCACAUUCUAAAGAUAUGAAAUGAAUGUGACCUGUAGUUCACUGGUGCUGAAUAAUAAGAUCACAUUCUAAAGAUAUGAAAUGAAUGUGACCUGUAGUUCACAGGUGCUGAAUAAUAAGAUCUGUGGAGGAAAACUAUGGACUGUAAAAUGUCAGGGACUUCCUGUGGAAAAACACAAGACAUUAAAGAGCCUCUAGAAAGGUUUGAAAGCCUUGCUCUCCUUGGCUGUUCCUGUUAAUGUACAUUCACAUGGAAAUGAUUUAGAAGAGGUACAUGAGUGUGAACGUGUGUUUGUCUGUGCUGAGAUUCAAACACGUUACCACUAGAUCAUUACACUAGAUGUUUACGUUAUACUUCCACCUCGACCAACCACCUCCUUUCAGUUAUGCCUUAAAUAACCAUCUGUCUUAUGUGACCAUAUCAAACGUAACUUAUACUAAUUUAAGUGUUCUGGAUUUACGUUUACUAAGUUACAUCUAGUCUAGUCAUGUAACCUAACAUAAACAUAUCAUACUGUAUAAAUGGAGUGGCACAGAUUUAAGUAAACUAUAAUGUGUUUUGCUUGGGUUAUAGACCUCUCUAUGUCAUGUGGUCUGCACAUCAGCCAGGCUUGGAAUCCACAACCAAAACUUACCACCACAGUUCACACCCAUGUUAUCUGAUUCUGAGCUCUAUGCAACAGUUGUGUGCAGCGAUGCAGUUGAACAGGUUCUUGUUCCAAGGAAUAGAAAGAAGAAGGUAGUUUGAUCACAUCACAACAGUUUGAUCACAGAACACUAGUACAUUUAUCAGACUGCAGUGCCUCAAUAGGACCGAUUCAACCAGGAAUGAAGAUGACUCAACUAGACUGUCUGUGUGUGAUUCUUCUACAUCUCCUACACACAGCAGGCUCUGAGAGGUUUGAGGUUCUUGGUCCAACUGAUUCCAUUGUUGCCGUAGCUGGUGAUGACAUCAUUCUGCCCUGUUACCUCAAACCCAACAUCAGUGCUGAGGACAUGACAGUGGACUGGCUGAACCUGGACUUCUUAGACGGUCGUGUCUUUCGUUACCAAAACCACAGAAUCAUACGAGAUGAUCAGAUUCCCUACUAUAGAGGAAGAACUUCACUGUUUGAAGAGGAACUCUGGAGGGGAAACACCUCUUUAAAACUGACCAGGGUACAAGGCACUGAUGAGGGACAUUACAAAUGUUUAAUUCAGUCAAAGAGCUGGUAUGAUGAUUCCACUGUUCAAGUCCUCGUUAAAGCUGUAGGAUCCAAGCCAGUGGUGUCCAUUAUGGGACACAGAGAGGGAGGGAUGGGUCUGCUGUGUGAAACAGAAGGCUGGCACCCUGAGCCUGAGCUGGUGUGGCUGGACAGUAAAGGAGUCCAUCUCUCUGCUGGUCCUCCUGAGACACACAGAGACUUAGAUGGAUUCUACACAGUCAAACGACAUGUCAUUGUCCAGGAGACUGACACCAACCACUUUACCUGCAGAGUCCAACAGAGCCGGAUCAAUGAGAAGAUGGAGACAGAGAUUCACCUCCCUAGUGAGUUGUUUGAUUACGCAACCCCAUUGAGAAUAUCCUUCAUUGUGUUAUGCUGUCUGGGAGCCAUCGCUGUGUUUGGGUUAUCUCUGGCUAUCUACUGCGUAUGCAAUAAAAAAGUUGACAUCAAAAAGGAGAGGAAUGACCUCAGGAAGGAGAAGGGUGACCUCUGUAACCAGAAUUAUGAACUCUGGGAGCAGAAAUAUUACCUCACUGAGAAUCGAGAUGACCUCAGGAAGGAGAAGGAAAUCCUGACUUCUCAGAUGGGUAAGUAUUAAGGCUUUGUUACCUACUGUAUAUGAUGGCUUAUAAAUGUUAGCUUUGUCAAUGGAGUUGAGUGGUGAUGAGUGGCUGUGGACUGUACCUCCGACUAUCAGUCGAUACUUGUAAAAAUGUCCAUUCUUAAACUCUUACCGUGAACCUGUUUGUCCUGUGUAAUUGUGUGCCUUUCUUUGUUUGCUGAAAUCUGUAGUUUAUUAAAGUAGCAUUUUAGGUGACCUCUGCCAAAGGAAUUGUUGUGUGAA